AUGACUGAUGAGACUGAAAAGACGAUUGAAAAUGUCACUGAUGAAGAUCCCAGUGGCAUGACUGAUGAGACUGAAAAGACGAUUGAAAAUGUCACUGAUGAAGAUCCCAGUGACAUGACUGAUGAGACUGAAAAGACGAUUGAAAAUGUCACUGAUGAAGAUCCCAGUGACAUGACUGAUGAGAUCGAAAAGACAAUUGAAAAUGUCACUGAUGAAGAUCCCAGUGACAUGACUGAUGAGACUGAAAAGACAAUUGAAAAUGUCACUGAUGAAGAUCCCAGUGACAUGACUGAUGAGACGGAAACGACAAUUGAAAAUGUCACUGAUGAAGAUCCCAGUGACAUGACUGAUGAGACGGAAACGACAAUUGAAAAUGUCACUGAUGAAGAUCCCAGUGACAUGACUGAUGAGACGGAAACGACAAUUGAAAAUGUCACUGAUGAAGAUCCCAGUGGCAUGACUGAUGAGACGGAAACGACAGUUGAAAAUGUCACUGAUGAAGAUCCCAGUGACAUGACUGAUGAGACGGAAAAGACAGUUGAAAAUGUCGCUGAUGAAGAUCCCAGUGACAUGACUGAUGUGACGGAAACGACAAUUGAAAAUGUCACUGAUGAAGAUCCCAGUGGCAUGACUGAUGAGACGGAAACGACAAUUGAAAAUGAGCGUCGAGAAGAAACCUAUGAAAUAAAAGAUGCGCUCAACUAA